UAAACAGAAGCAAAUAGAGAUGGAAGAGGAAGAAAGAGAGAGGGAGAAAGAGAGACAGAGAGAGAUCAAAAGAAAGAGAAUGGAGAAGAGACAGAAAAUUAUGGAAAGAGAAGAAGAGAGACAGAGAGAGAUUGAAGAAGAAAGAUGUAAACAGAAGCAAAUAGAGAUGGAAGAGGAAGAACGAGAAAGGGAGAAAGAGAAACAGAGAGAGAUUGAAAGAGAGAUUGAAGAAGAAAGAUGUAAACAGAAGCAAAUAGAGAUGGAAGAGGAAGAAAGAGAGAGGGAGAAAGAGAGACAGAGACAGAUUGAAAGAGAGAACGAUGAAGAAAGAUGUAAACACAAGCAAAUAGAGAUGGAAGAGGAAGAAAGAGAGAGGGAGAAAGAGAGACAGAGAGAGAUCAAAAGAAAGAGAAGGGAGAAGAGACAGAAAAAUAUGGAAAGAGAAGAGACACAGAGAGAGAUUGAAAGAGAGAUUGAAGAAGAAAGAUGUAAACAGAAGCAAAUAGAGAUGGAAGAGGAAGAAAGAGAAGAAGAGAGACAGAGACAGAUGGGUGAGAAAGAGAGAAAGAGAGAGAUGGGUGAGAAAGAGAGACGACAACAAGAAGAGGAGAGAAAGAGAUCGUUUGAGAGAGAUCAAGAAGAAGAUAUAUGGAAACAGAAGCAAAUUGACAUGGAGAAGGAGGGAAGAGAGAGGAAGAACAAGAGACAGAGAGAGAUAGAAGAGAUACACAGACGACAACAACAAGAGGAGAGACAGAAACAAAAGGAGAAGGAGAAAGAAAGGGAGAAAGACAAUGAGAAUCAGAGAGAGAUGGAAUUAAGAGAUCAGCAACAGAAAGAGAUGGAGAACGAAAAUAUGAUUAUGAGAGAAAGGGAGGAAGCAGGAAGAAGAAAGGAGGGGCAGAAAAAUAUUUUGGGGGAUAUUGAGGGACAGAAUGAACUGGAGAUAGAACAGGAGAGAGAGAUGGAAGAAAAGCAGGAAGUGAUUAAGAAAGCAGAGGAAGAGUACAGGGAAAGAGAAGAGAGAGGAAAGGAAGUAAGCAUGAAGAAACAUGUAGUAGUUAAUGUUAAAGCAAAAGCACGGGAAGUCUUCAAUAGGCGUAAAGAGAGGAGGUUAGAAGUGUUGAAGGGGGAACGAGAACACAUAGAAAGAGGACAACAAAUCAGGAGGGAGAAGGAGGAAAGACGGCUGGAGAUGGAAAGAAAACAGGAGAGGGCAAGACAACAAGAGGAGCAGGAUAGAAAACGAGAGAUUGAAAUUGCUAGACAGAAAGAAAUGUUGAGACUUAGAGAGGAGGAGAGGCAGAGAGAGGAAGAGAGAGAGGAGCAGAGAAAGAGAGUCUUUGAAGGCCAUUUAGCUUUAAUCAGAGAGAGAGAGAAGAUUUUAGAGGUAAAGAAAAAAGAGGAGAGAAGGGAGAUCCUUGAGUACAAGAGGGGUGACUUAGAGGACACUGAAGAGGAGGAGGAGAAGGAAGAUGACAAGGAGGACAUUCUCCCACCUGAUAAAAGUAUCCGAAGGAGAGCUGUGGGCUGGGUAAACAAGAAGUGGGAGAAGAGGAACCUCAAAAAGAUAGAGAGAACCUGUCAGAGAGAAGCUGAGGAGGGCGAAAAGAUCGUCCACAUAGUCAUCCCUGGACCCAUAAGGCUAACCAUGACCCGGGCAGAGAGAGAGAGGGAGAAGAGGAAGGAGCUGCUGAAGGCUGAGGAGAGAAGGAAGAAGUUGGAGGAUUUCAAUAAGCAGUGGAGAGAGCGGUCCCUGCUUAAAAAACACACUCAUCAACAACUGAAGGAGGAGAGGGAGAAGAUGAAGGAAAAGUACCUGGAGCAGAUUAAUCUGGAGGCUGAUGAGCAAAUACAGAAGUUCAGCACCCAGUACAUCACCCGGUGUCCAACCACCCAACACAGCCACGACUACAACCAAGGUCAGGAAUUGCCGGGGUGGGCGACAGGUCAACAAGUAAGCCAAGAGCCUGUUGCAUCUGGAGAUGGCCAGCAGGAGGGGCCAAGGAGGCAACAGGCAUGGGCAGAGAACCAGGAGGGGAGUUCAGAGAACCAUCAGGAGGGGCCAGAGAACCAUCAGGGGGGGCCAGACAGCCAGCAGCUAGAAGCUCCAGAAGAGGCUGAAACAUCAGAGCCAAUCUCCAAGACAAAGACAAAGAAAAAGCCAAGCAUCUGGAAGAAAAUUAGGAUGAGCCUUCCUGAUGUGCUGUCUGCCUAGAGCUGGAACUCAAUGAAGCCACAGUUCCACUGAGGUUACGUUGGUAAUUAAAAGUGUCGCCCAAUAAUUCCUCCUCCUCUUUAAGUCAUCGAGCCACAUUUCCUCCUCAAAACAUUUUAGUCUCCUCAAGCCAGCAAGUAUCCUCUUUAUCAGGCAACAAACCAUCGAAGGUCAGUGACACUCCUCCCCAGAACAGAUUCUCAUCUUUAUCCAAGUUGAAUUCAUCUCUGAUCCCCACCUCUACAGUCCUAGAAAAUAUCCCAAAAAUGGAAAUGGUUUAAACAGAAGUCCUCCCCUCAGACCAGUGGCUCCACAGACCAGAGUUUCUCAUCUUUAUUCAAGUUGAAUGCAACUCUGAUCAUUUCCACCAGGCCAGUGAUGUUUGAUGAUGUCAUUUUUGUUAGCAAAGUUUUAUUCUUUAAU